AUGAUCCCUUCUGGUAUGAUUGAAGCUGAAGGGAAUUGCGUUGUGCUCUCUCGUGCCGAUUUAUCACAUGAGAUAGGACGGUCUCUAGUUUACAGUGCUGAAGAAAAGCAGCAAUUUAUUGAGGCCCAAGAACAGAUGUCUUCUCUCAUCAUUAUCUUGAGAAGGGUUCUGGCUUUAGUGUACCCACAAGGAGGAGGUAUGGCUACGUGUAGACCCGCGCCGAUGCUCGAAGGAGAGGAAUACAAGUCUCGCGAUUGCAAGAGUCAUUUGAAGACAUGGUACAACAACAAUUUGAUGCCCCUCAUCUCGGGACUUGACUCCGCCUUGGGCUCACCUCUUAGCCUCCAUGAUGGAACGCAAAAUGGGGGCUCACAGAGUAGCACCAUAGACCUGCUAGUAAGCAUGAUGCACCUACAUUACGAGAUGGCCAUGUUGGCGAUUUGCCAGACCGAGCUGUCGCACCUCACGGCGAACCCUCAAGCAACACACUCUUCCUACAUGCUGCACGAGCGGGUUUCCUUCCGCAGACAAAACGAGGAUCUUGCGAAUUGCAUCCUCAAAUUAACGGAUCGGAUUUUAGAAUCCUUGCGGGAGCAACACCUAUUCAAUGUUUCACCGAUCAUGUAA